UGUGUGUACCCCCCCCCCCCCCCCCCCCCCCCCCCCCCCCCCCCCCCCCCCCCCCCCCCCCCCCCCCCCCCCCCCCCCCCCCCCCCCCCCCCCCCCCCCCCCCCCCCCCCCCCCCCCCCCCCCCCCCCCCCCCCCCCCCCCCCCCCCCCCCCCCCCCCCCCCCCCCCCCCCCCCCCCCCCCCCCCCCCCCCCCCCCCCCCCCCCCCCCCCCCCCCCCCCCCCCCCCCCCCCCCCCCCCCCCCCCCCCCCCCCCCCCCCCCCCCCCCCCCCCCCCCCCCCCCCCCCCCCCCCCCCCCCCCCCCCCCCCCCCCCCCCCCCCCCCCCCCCCCCCCCCCCCCCCCCCCCCCCCCCCCCCCCCCCCCCCCCCCCCCCCCCCCCCCCCCCCCCCCCCCCCCCCCCCCCCCCCCCCCCCCCCCCCCCCCCCCCCCCCCCCCCCCCCCCCCCCCCCCCCCCCCCCCCCCCCCCCCCCCCCCCCCCCCC